CAUGUCUUUGACAUGGGUCAAGAACCUCUUAUCAUCUCCGGAUGCCUUUUCUGAAAAGCCAUAUGCACAAGUAAGAACAUCUUCGGAUGUCGAGUCGCUUGCUUCGACACAAGGCAACAGUCUACUCGACACUGAACAACCCGAGCGCAAGACCAUGAUUGACGCUCGAGUUAUCUCGGAUGCCAUCAUUGGUCUGUCUGAUGGGAUGACUGUGCCUUUUGCCUUGACAGCGGGAUUAUCUGCACUGGGAGACUCAAGAGUGGUGAUUCUCGGUGGUGUCGCUGAGUUGAUCGCCGGCUCCAUCUCCAUGGGACUCGGAGGCUACAUGGCAACUUUGUCUUCCACCCGCGCGCGAGUCGAAGAAACUCCCUCCGCUGCUGCAAGCUCUGUCUCAACUAUCCUUGAGUCCUUCGAGUUGCCGGAAUACCUCGUGAACGAACUCAGAUCUCAUCUUACCAAAUCACCACAUCUACUCGACUUCCUCAUGCGUUUCGAACACAUGCAACCAGAGCCAGCUAGCUCGCGAGCAAUCACCUGUGCCAUUACCAUUGCUCUUGGAUACCUCAUCGGUGGGCUUGUUCCUUUGAUCCCUUAUUUCUUUGUUCCUAGGGGUGAAGUGGUGUCGGCUUUAUAUUGGUCGUUUGGUGUCAUGUUGAGUUGCUUGUUCGCUUUUGGGUACGCAAAGACAGCCUUUGUCGUUGGAUGGAGGGGAAGGGUGUGGCAGGGUGUGGUUGGAGGUGUUCAGAUGAUGUUUGUCGGUGGUGUUGCUGCGGGAUGUGCGAUGGGGAUCAUCAGAUUGUUUCACACUCUUGCUUCAGUU